GCCAGUUGAGAUCAGGCGAGGAGCCAGCUGCCCAAUCAGGAGCAGGCGCAAGCUGAAGCACUUGAGAACAUCUGUGCCCGGGGACCUCCAAUGUGAUCAAAACAGCUUCUGGCUGGCUGCCAGGCGCCAUCUUUGGGCUCAGGAGCUCACAAGUCCUGGAUCAUCAGCAGAUGGUGACAAGGAACCACAAAGGCACCAAGCAGCUGGGGUCAACCUUCCAGGGUGAUGCUGUGGGGUCCAUCCGCCCUGAAGAUUUGGAGCCCUUAUGUGAUGAAGCAGAGCUGGAGGGUCACAUAAGUAGUUGGGAACAGGGACACACAGUCUUCGUUAUAACCUCAAAAUGAGGUCCCAGGACCACUUUGUGAACUCAAGGUUCUUCGCUGAGGGUCAUUUGGAUGAUCAGCUCUUCCUGCACUAUGACAGUGAGAGAGGCAGGGCAGAGGCUCGGGCACUGUGGGCAGAAACAGUCCUGGGAGCUGAGACCUGGGACUCAGAGACCCAAGACUUGGCAGGGAGUGGGAAAAAUCUCAGAAUGACCCUGGCCGAUAUCAACACCCUGCAGGAGCAGAAAGGAGGGUCUCAUUUCCUCCAGGAGUCUUGGGGCUGUGAGAUGCAAGAGGACAACCGCACCAGGGGCUUUUGGGAUUUCUACUAUGAUGAGGAGCCCUUCCUCUCCUUUCACCCUGAGAUUCAGAGCUGGUCGGUACACAGUUCCUCGGCUCAGACUUUGGCUAUGAAAGUCAAGAAGUACUGGAAAUCAGAUGACAGUCAAAGCAAGAUUUUCUGGGCCCAUGUGCAGGGAACAGUUUGUGGAAGACUACGAAGAUAUCUGAACUCCUGGAUAACCUUCAAUGAGACAAUAGUGUCCCCAAUAGUGACUGUAACCUGUAGUGAGGCCUUGGAGGACACCAUCAACGUGACUUGUGUGGCUUUUGGCUUCUAUCCCCAGAAUAUCUCUCUGACCUGGCUUCAGAAUGGGGAACCCCUGAGCCAGGAGACACAGCAGUCUGUGGGUGUCUUGCCAUAUGGAAAUGGGACCUACCAGACCUGGGUGUCCACCAGGAUUCCCCAAGGACAGGAGCUGAGUUUCAGCUGCCGUGCGAGACACACUGGGAAAGACAGCACUGUUACUGUGCCCUGUGGUGAACUGUGGCAUCCCAGCAGGGCUUCCCAACCAGGGGUGGCUCUACCACUUCACAGUCGAAACCGUGCCUUUCUGAGCACAGUUGCUAUUGGUGCUGUCAUUCUUGCUCUUCUUUGUGUCCUUUGGCGUAAGAAGAGGGAGACAACAUCAGCUGCAAAGAGUUCAGGGCUCAGGAGCUCACAAGUCCUGGAUCAUCAGCAGAUGGUGACAAGGAACCACAAAGGCACCAAGCAGCUGGGGUCAACCUUCCAGGGUGAUGCUGUGGGGUCCAUCCGCCCUGAAGAUUUGGAGCCCUUAUGUGAUGAAGCAGAGCUGGAGGGUCACAACAGUAGAUGAAACAGUGUUGCAACUUUGGGGUGUCCUGGUGCUGAGCAAUAGGGGUCAGUCUGCUUGUGGAAAGAAGUAACUACCAGGUGCUUAUGGACUGUGAUGAUGAGAGUAAGCGACCCAGAAUGUGUGUGAUUCAGAUACCAACAUCUGCCAUCAUAGCUGCAGCCUGAAGCAGGCAGAGUGGUGGGGAGACAGAUCUUCCACCCUGCAUCUUGGCCCUUCCUGGCUGCUGGUCUUAGGGUCUCCAGAGGCACCUGAUCCAGACUUAGCAGGGGCGGGCACCCUCUGUCUGCAGCAAGAGUAGGUCAAGGCCUGCCUGGAAGGAAGAGCCUGGUGAGGAACCUUGGUUGAGUCCUGAUUCCCCCUGCCUGCUUGUAUCCCCUAGGGGAACAAUAGCGAAGUUGGGUAGAAAAUUAACUCAAAUUUUUAUUUAUUUAUCUUUUAAUUUUGGUAGUACUGAGGAUUGAACCCAAGACUAGCACGUGCAUUUGGUUAUCCCGAAGUGUUAUUUGUUAUACCGAAUUUUUAUUUUGCAUAAAUUUUAAUCCACGGUAGUUUCCUCUAACUUAAAAAGUCAAAUAUUUAUGUAAAAAUUUUCAUAAAAAGUAACGACCCUU